AUGGACAAAUUCGCCGCCUCCUUUACCUCCUUCGGCAAGACAGUCUCCAGCUCCGUGACUCCCUUCGCCGCCCGCAGUCAACAAUGGAUCCGCGAGCAGACGGGCAAUGCAGGCGAGAAGACUGAACUCCCCCACGACUACGUUGAGCUGGAGACCCGGAUCGAUGCCUUGAAGGCUACCCAUCAGAAACUCUUGGCUGCGACGAGCCAGUAUGCCAACGAGGCGUACGACUACCCGCCCAACAUCAAGGAGAGUUUCCAGGAUUUGGGUAAAGGUAUUAGUGAGAAGGUCAACCUCCUCUCCAAAUCCCAAAAUCUCUCCGAUGCCCAAGCCGCCAUGGUCGCUCCCCCUUCCGCCAAACCCCAACCCAAGACUUUCUCCCACGCCAUCGCCCGUGCUUCCCUUGCUGGCUCCCAAAACAUCACCAUGGCUACACCUCAAGGCUCUACCGAACCCGAUCCGCUUGCCCAGGGACUGGAGAAAGUCGCUAUUGCGCAGGAGAAGGUUGGAGAAGCGAGACUGGAGCAGGAUGAGCAGAUCCAGGGCAAGUUCUUGGCAGGCUGGAGCACAACUCUCAACCAGAACAUCAAGGCUGCAGAUAAAGCCCGGACCGCAGUACAAAAUGCCCGCCUCUCCCUCGAUGCAGCAAAAGGUCGUGCGGCGGCGGGUGGCAAACACGAGGAAUCCUACUCGGAGCCGCAGCGACGCGCCAUCGAGCAAGCGGAGGAUGUCUUUGUGGAGAAGGUGGAUGAGGCGACGAGUGUCAUGAGGAAUGUGCUCGACACCCCGGAACCUCUCCGUAACUUGGUCGAGUUGAUGAAAGCACAGGCGGAGUUUCAUGCGAGGGCUGCGGAGAUUUUGGAGGAUGUGGCGAAGAAUAUUGCGGACAUUCAGGUUGAGCAGGAGGAUGGGUGGAGGAAGGCUAGGGAGGGUUAG